AUGUCAGAGGACACUAUGUUUGAUCAAAGGAGGCACCACAGUCAGGAAACUAACCAUGACAGAUAUAAAAGAAUUAAGGCUGAAAUUGAGCGUCAGAUGGGAGUUCCUGAGCAUUUUAACUUUGCAGAAGAUGUGAUUGAAAAAUGGGCGAAGCAAAGGCCUGACAAAGUAGCUAGCCAUUUGCUCACUGAUGGUUCUACAGAAUCAUUUGCAUCAUACAGCAAACUCUACAAGGAAGCUGUUCUCCUUGCUACAGGCCUAACCAAUCCUACGCAACCUAAAUGUGCCCUUGUCAUUCUUCCCAAAAUUUUUGAAUGGUGGGCGGUAAAUGUUGCAGGCUCUUGGUGUGGAAUGAUAAUAUCACCAGCAACAACUCUCCUGACUGCUAAUGAUGUAGCUCAUCGAAUAUCUGAGUGUGGUGUCGACUGUGUGAUAUGUGAUUUUGACACUGCCUGCAGAUUGAAUGAUGUCACUCAAGGAAUACCUCUUCGUGUCCUUGUAUCAAAGAGUGAUGAUCAAGUCUUAUCAGACUGGACAAGUUAUGAUGACCUUAUUAAGCGUGCAAAAAGUAUAGCUGUGGAACCCUGCCUGAAAACCAAGAGGGAUGAUGUGGCUCAGAUCUUUUUCACAUCAGGCACAACUGGAAAACCCAAAAUGGUCCCUCAUACUCAGGGCAGCUAUGGAAUUGGUCACAUAGCAGCUGCGAAUGCAGGUCGAGUACGUGAUAAUGAGACACUAUAA